AUGGCAGCUUCAUGUGUUCACGAUGUCUUCUUGUCUUUCAGCGGCCUUGAUACUCGCAAGACAUUUACUGGUCACCUCUUGGCUGCUUUGGAUCAGCAUGGUUUUUACACAUUCAGAGAUGACACUAAACUCCCAAGAGGUGAAGAACUUGGUCCUGAAUUGUUGAAAGCAAUUGAGGAAUCAAGAGUUUCCAUUAUCGUAUUCUCGAAAAACUACGCAUCCUCAAAAUGGUGCCUUGACGAGCUUGUCAAGAUCAUGGAUUGCAAGACGACACUCAAUCAGAUUAGCGGUUGUUACGUAGAUGCGUUUACCAGUCACAAAAAGGAGUACGACUUGAAAAAGGUUGAAAUUUGGAGGUCAGCUCUAGAAAAGGCCAGCAAUUUGUCCGGUUACGUCCUACAAAAUGUGGCCAAUGGGUGUGAGUCAACGUGUAUUAAGUCGGUUGUUAAAGCAUUGGCAGAUAAAUUAAAUCCUACAGGCUUAAGUGUACCAGAGUAUCAAGUUGGAAUAGAGCAUAGUGUUGAACAAGUGACUAAGUUUCUAAUGUUGGGGUCAAAUGGUACUAGUAAUGAUGUUAGGAUUGUUACCGUAUGGGGGAUUGGUGGAAUUGGUAAGACUACCUUUGCUAAAGUACUUUAUAAUCGCAUACAUCGUUUUCAUCCAUUUGAAAGUAGUAGCUUUCUUUAUGAUGUUGGACAAACUUCUAGGGAUACCGACGGUGUUGUUAAAUUACAAAAACAGCUUCUGUCGGAUCUCCUAAAUGAUGAAAAUGAGAAAAUAGAAUGCGGGGAUCAUGGAAUUGAGGUGAUAAAAUGUCGAGCAUGGCGUCGAAGGGUUCUUUUUGUUCUUGAUAAUGUGGAUAACGACAACCAAUUAAGUGCUUUGGCUAUAAAUUGUAAUUGGUUACGUCCCGGAAGUAGAAUCAUAGUAACAAUUAAAGAUUUGUCUGCAAUAAAGUCACUUCGAGUGGAUAAGGUGUACAAGCUUGAAAAUUUGAAUAGGGAGGAAUCUCUUCAACUCUUCAGUUACCAUGCCUUUAGAAAAGACUGUCCUCUAGAAAGUUAUGAGAGCCUCACUGACGCAUUAGUGUGUUAUGCGAAGGGACUUCCUUUACUUCUUAAAACUUUAGGUUCUUUAUUGUCGGGUAAAGCGGUACCUAAAUGGCAAGCUCAAUUGGAGAAGUUGAAAAAGAUUCCUCAUCCUAAAGUUCAAGAUAUACUAAGGCAGAGCUUCGACUCACUUGAUGAUAAACAGAAGGGUUUAUUCCUGGAUAUUGCAUGUUUUUUUGUUGGAAUGGACCAUGAUUUGCCCAUCAAAAUACUAAAAGGCUGUGGUUUCUUCCCGGGAACUGAUAUUGAUGUUCUAUCUCAUCGUUGCCUUGUAAGCAUUAAGCAGAAUCGGUUGUUGAUGCAUGAUCUAAUUUAA